UCCAGACGCGGAAGUGAUUUGCAGUUGUCAAACUGACUUUAGUGUAAAUCAGUUUCAGCUCACUCCUGGAAGACUCCUGAAACACCUGACCUUACUUCAAAUGGCCCCUCCACGAUGGCUGCCUCUGGAGUCUAAUCCAGAAGUAAUGACAAAGUUUGUUAGUUGUUUGGGAAUGAGAUCAUCCUGGCAGUUUGGAGAUGUGUAUGGACUGGAGCCUGAGCUUCUCAGCUUGGUGCCGAGACCUGUGUGUGCACUGCUACUCCUUUUCCCAGUGACCGAGAAGUAUGAAGCAUUCAAGCAAGAGGAGGAGGAGAAGCUCAAGGCUCAGGGACAGGAGAUUUCACCUGAUGCCUACUUCAUGAAGCAAACUAUUGGAAAUGCCUGCGGAACAAUUGGGUUAAUUCAUGCAGUGGCAAACAACCAGGCACAUCUGGAAUUCGAGCCGGAUUCUUCCCUGAAGAAGUUUAUUGAACAAACCUCGAAAAUGACCCCAGAGGAAAAGGCCGUCUUCCUGGAAAAAGAUGAGACUAUACGUGUUACACAUGAAUCAAGUGCACAAGAGGGACAGACUGAGGCUCCGAGCUUGGAUGAGAAAGUGAAUCUACACUUUGUAGCUUUUGUGAAUAUUGGUGGACAGUUAUAUGAACUUGAUGGCCGGAAGCCUUUCCCUAUUAUCCACAAGAAAACUUCAGAGGAUACUUUCCUUGAGGAUGCUGUAGAUGUGUGUAAGAUCUUCAUGGCUCGGGACCCACAGGAGGUUCAUUUCACCAUCAUUGCCCUUUCCAAAAAUUCAGACUGAGGAAACUCCAGAGAAAGCAAAGAAACCAUUACUGCCAAACAUUCUCAAGUGCUGACUUUAGUGGAAAGUAAAUGUUUCUUCAAAGUACUUAAGGAGGUAAUAUGGGGGAAAUGGUCAGAUGUCAGGGAUAUCAUUCUAAAGCACUUAUCCUUUUUUUUUGUUCAUUAGAUGAAAUUGGUGCUGCUGUGCAACAUAUUACUCAAAGUAAAUUUUGCUAACACAAAAAUGUUCCAAUUAUUCAGUGUUAAAAAAAAUCACAAUGCACUAAAAUGAAAAUUUAGCAGUUGUAUCAUUUCACAGAGGGAAGUCAACUUCUUUUUACUCUGAGUUAAAGAUGCAUAUAGUUUGUAGUAGAUCAAAUUUCUGACCAUGUCCAUACUGCCUGAAGAAACAAGUUUUGUUUCAUUUUGUUCCUUGCUUUGAAAUUGAACAGAGUGUUUGCGGUGUUAUGAAAACAUUAAAUAAAUUAAAAUGUCUCCGACAUGGUCUGGCACGCUCUAAAUGCAGACUGAAGAUCUCUGUGGUUUGUGCCUACAUUUUUGUUACAAGAGUUGAAAAUUCUGUCAAAUAAAAGGCACAUUUAUUAAA